AUGAGGUGUACUACUUUGAUUAUGGUUUCUUGUGUUUUCAUCGGUAUGAUUCUAAGCUAUGUUGAAGAAGCGGAAGCUGGGGCACCUCCACAAGACUGUUGGAGUGAGAUCCUAUUUACUGGAAAAUGUGGUUUUCACGGAAAGAAGAAUUGCUUCAAAAAUGUGGAAGCCAAGAUAAAACAACGUGUUCUUCAAUGUUCCUGUAACGAUGUUAAAAAAGAUUCGAAUACAUCUAAGGACGAACAUUACUGCAGAUGUCAAAGAGAGAAUCCUUAUGAGUGUCAUUUCUGA